AUGUUUGCUAAAGCACACAAGCACACGUAUGUGCAUGAGCCCCCAAACACACUUGCAGCAGGUGUCUUGGGCCAGCUGCCCACUGUCUCACUGCCUCACUCUCAGGUAGUGUCUUCCUUGCUCCCCUCAGGUACUCAGCAGGGUGCCACCAUGACUACUUGCAAUGUCACCGGCCACCCAUCUUUCUUCAUUCUCCAAGGCAUUCCUGGGAUGGAAGACAAACACAAAUGGAUGUCUAUCCCCUUCUCCUCUAUGUACUUCAUCACUGUGCUGGGGAACUGCACCAUCCUCUUCACCAUUUCCACAGAGCGCUCCCUGCAUAAGCCCAUGUUCUUGCUCCUAUGCCUCUUGGCCCUCACAGACCUGGGCAUGUCUACAACCACCAUUCCAAAGGUGCUAUGCAUCUUCUGGUUUGGCCAGAGUGAUAUCAGCUAUGAAGGCUGCCUGGUCCAACUGUUCUUCAUCCACUCCAUUUCUGUCAUGCAGUCGGCCAUCCUGAUGACCAUGGCUCUUGACCGCUAUGUGGCCAUCUGCAAGCCCCUGCACUAUGCCACCAUCCUUUCCAACAGUCGCAUUGGGGUCAUUGGCCUAGUGAGUUUGGUGAGAGCCGUCCUCUUCAUUAUCCCCAUGCCCCUUCUCCUCCAGCAUAUGCCCUUCCAUGCCAACCGUGUCAUCCCCACCACCUACUGUGAGCACAUGGCUGUGGUCAAGAUGGUGUGUGUGGACACCACAGUCAACCGGAUGUAUGGUCUGGUGGUGGCCCUGCUGGUUGUUGGGAUGGACAUCUCUGCAAUCGCCUCGUCUUACGUGCUCAUCAUCCGGGCUGUACUGCGCCUCUCUUCUAAGGAAGCCCACCACAAAGCAGUCAACACCUGCACCACCCAUAUCUGUGUCAUGCUUACCUCUUACACCCCUUCCCUCUUCUCUUUUCUUACUCACCGCUUUGGCACAGGCAUCCCACCCCACGUCCACACCAUUCUUGGCAACCUCUACUUCCUUGUACCUCCAAUGCUCAAUCCUAUUAUUUAUGCAGUGAAAACCAAGGAGUUUCGGGAAAAAGUAACCAAAUACAGUUGCUGGAGGAAGGAGCCUAUGGCCACUGCUCACAGGCAGAAGCUUGUUUGA